AACCAUCGUAAGUUUUAAUUUAUCUUUAUACCCCAAAGGGCCCAAUUUGAAAUUCCACGAAACCGAGAUAGCUUAGAAGUUAGAAAAACAGUGAAUUUUCCGGGAAAAGUUUUUCACUUUUUUCCUUUUUUGCAGAGAAGAAUUAAAAGUUAAAGCUUUAAUUCUCCCAUUCGAGAGAGAAGAAGACGAGGACUGAAGAUUAGAGAUGGGAAGAGCCAAAGCAAUAACUUUAAUUAUUCUCAUUCAAUUUAUAUUGCUGCAUGUCACAAAAUCCCAGCAAGGCUUUGAAGAAUCUUUGGCUGCGAGGACUCUUAAGCAGGAAUCGCAUGAUACUCAUGAAGUACAUUGUUCCAGAGAAAGAAGUAGGGCUGCCUGGCAGAUUAUAGAUGAUUAUUUGAUGCCAUUCGUUGAAGAAGAAGGGUAUCAGAUUUCAGCUGACUGUAGGCUUCAUCCAGACAACGAUCUUUUUAGGGAUCAAGAGCGACACAAGAUUCAUUUGGAUGUAAGCGAGUGGCGGUGUGGAUAUUGUAAGAAAAGCUUUCGUGCUGAAAGAUUUCUCGACCAGCAUUUUGACAACAGGCACUACAAUCUUCUAAAUGUUAAUCAAAGUAAGUGCUUGGCUGACUUAUGUGGAGCAUUGCAUUGUGACUUUGUGAUAAAUUCCAAUUUGCUCAAGGCCAAGUGCAAUCCUGCUGCUGCAACGAGGAACCGCCAUCUUUGUGAGAGUCUUGCCAAUAGCUGUUUUCCUAUUAGUCAGAGUCCAUCUGCCAGACGCCUCCAUGAAUUGUUUCUGCGCCAAUUUUGUGAUGCUCACACUUGCUCUGGAAAAGCAAAACCUUUCCCUAGAGGAGGAAAGAAGCAAACAAAUUUACUCUACAUGGCUACAUCAAUACUACUUAUGAUGCUGCUUCCUCUUUUCUAUCUUCUUUAUUAUUUAUAUCAAAGAGACAUGAAGCAAGAAACCCAAGUGCUAAGACGAGUGUCACAAGUUGGACGGAAAGCAAAACCUUCAUAGUUGUGAGGAAGAUGAUAAAACGAUGAAUAUUACUUCCUUCGAGUCAGAAAGUUGAAAUACAAUGUGUUUGCAUCCUUUGAAUGUCACGGAAAUUUCAGUGGCAUGAAUGCCAAUGCCAGUGCCUCUUGAUACCGACGUUAUGUUUUUGAUGAUGGCAGCAAACAGGUGUUGUACAAUCUGAUGGAAUGAGUUAACUUAAAUCAUUUGAAUCGCUUCGAGACUGUUGUAGAGUAUGCCGCAAAGCUUGGACUAUGGUUAGUUCUAUAAGGGUUAUAAGGAGUUUCUGAAUAGAGGCUAAUAGUGUUUUGGAACUGCAAUUCAACCUUGACUUUUGGACGUUAUUGAUUCAAGUCAAUUGUUUUUUUUCCUUUUUUCAAGUCCAUUCAGGUUAGAGAAUAUAAGCAGAUACUAAUCCAUGUAUUUGUAUCGUCUUUGUAUUAAUUUUUCAUGUCAUAAUCGUGUUUAAAAUAUUCAAA